AUGUCGACUUCACAACAGAUCUCAACCUCACCUCCUAAUUCUUUCGCUUCAACAUCCAAAUCUGUGAAGCCUAUAACACUUACCUUACCUCGUAAGGGUCGAGUGAAAAAUUAUGGCUUAGAUCCAGACGGAAAAAAAGUAGAUCCUUUGGAUAUUAAUAAUUCCGCCUUUGAGGCUGAGCACUAUUGUAAUGUUCUACUCACCGAAAAGCAUCUGAGCGAAUUAAUGCAAAGAGAUAAUGAUUUAAGUACAGAGAUUAGACAACUUGAUGGAGACAUGAAAACAUUGGUAUAUGAAAAUUAUAAUAAGUUUAUUAGUGCUACUGAUACAAUAAGAAAGAUGAAAAAUAAUGUUGAAAGUAUGGAGUCUGAAAUGGACCAGCUUUCAAAAAGUAUUUCUAAUAUCUCAAAUGUUACAUCAUCGGUGAAUACUGCUCUGGGACCAAAGCGAGAAAAAAUUCGUCAAUUAACAGGAGUUCAUGAUUUAUUAAAAAAGAUUCAAUUCAUAUUUGAAUUGCCUACUAGAUUGAAAUCAUGUUUAGAUCAAAAAUCCUAUGCGCAGGCUGUUAGAUAUUAUGCAAAAACAUCACGUCUUUUAGAACAUUAUAGAAGUUUAUCAGUAUUCAGCUCAAUUGAGAGUGAAUGCAAAGAGAUCAUUGACAAAGUUUCCAAGAAAAUUAGAGAAAAUAUGACCAAUGAAAAUGCAACUGGCUCUGAGAUAACAGAUUGCAUAUUAUUAUUGAUUACACUGAAAGAGCCUCCGCAUCAACUUGCUAAGGAAUAUCUUGACCUUCAAGCGGCAUUCCUUUCCAAACUUUUAGUAGCCACAGUUGAUGAAAUGUCAAAGAUUCCUGAAGACUAUACUUUGAAAUCUUCUGAGGAUUACCAAUUAACAACUUCAGAUGAAGGAGUUAUAAUUGAACUUUCUUAUUUAAAUGAAAAAUUUUUAAAGGAGCUGAAUAAGUUUGUCGAAUCUUUUAAUGUAUUCUUUUUGCUACCACCAAAAGAAUCCAAAGAUCUUAAAUCGCCUGGGAAAUCACCCGCAAAGUCUCCAAAAAAUAAUGACCUUAUUCGAUACGCUUCUGCUAAUUUAGAUGCUGAAACAAAAGAACUUGUGCGUAAGGAUUUUUUAGAAUUCAUUGGUGAAAUCACGUUAAAAUAUUUAACGAUUGUGGAUGGCUUAUUAGAAUUCCCAGAAAAUAUUAUAGAUUUCAAACCCAUAACUCACAUAAAAUUGCUUAAUAAACUUAAUUUUGCUUCAUUAUCCUGUUCAAGUCUUUGUGGCGCUGUUGAAUUUGAUGAGCGUAUCAAAGAACUAAUCAAUACUUGGGAAACAGGGGUUGGAAAGAGACUGUUCGAAAGUGCAGAAAGAGAACUUAUUGAAAAAUUUGUAAAGUUUUCCGAACAACAGAAAACCAAAGAUUUUUCAUCGUCACAACAACGAUUCAAAUUUGUGCAAACAUUUGUGUUGGAUACAGAAACUUGGUUGACCACAUAUUUAACAAAAGAUUGUCUAAAAAUAAUAGAGGAAUGCGUAAAGACUGAAGUUCCAAUGUUUGAUAAUAAAGAUGGUAUUGAAAAGUUUUUAAAAAAAAUUCAAGCAGAAUUUCGAGAAUUUUGGUAUUCUAUAAUAAAUUCUAUGAUGAAAUUUGUUUCUCCAAUAAACCCGUAUUCGAUAAAUCCACAAGAUCUUCCUCCUCCGAUAAUUACCCUAAUAAUGUCUCGCAUGUUAUUAGAUUUCGGCGAAAUUAUCGUUACACAAGUCUACACGUCCUUUUCUGAUAGACUAUAUACCCCUCGCGAUAAUAAAAAUAGGUUUGCCGUUGAUAUAUAUGGUGGAUAUGGAGAACGACACGUUAUUUCCAAAGAGUUUACACAAGAUGUUAGAGAGAUUGUUGGAGUAUGCAAAGACAUUGCACAGAGAAUUUUAGAACGAUAUGUGGAAAUUGUUGGGAAUCGAAUUUCUUCAAACAUUCGCGGCCUUUAUACCAUGAAAUCAGUUUCCACAAAUUUAACUGAUCCGUCAUCACAACCAACAAGUGUUUCAAAAAUAUGGAAUGUCAUCAUUACAGAAUUAACGCUUAUUGAAAAAGAAGUUGUGAUGCUCUAUGGGACUGAGGAGGAGAAUAAUCUAGAUGAACAAGACAGUAAUUCUCUACCAUCCACUGAUCAAAAUUCAGUUAUAAACCAAGAAAGCACCCGAGCUUAUGCUCAUUCAAAUUCUUCCUAUUCAUCCAUAAAUUCAAACCGGCCAAAAACAUCAAACCCGUUUUUUGCUAGUUCUACACAUCUUAUCUCUCAUAUUGAUAAAUUAUUUUCUGAUAGAAUCGAAAUUUAUGGAAUUGUUGAAGUUGGAAAGCCGGGAAUUAUGAUGGGUGUUAUAAAGAUAUUGUUAAAAACGUGGAUAGAGACCAUUCGAAUGCAAACAUUAACAAAUAAAAUAUUUCAACAAAUUCAAGUGGAUUCAGAAUUUGUACGACUUAAAUUAUGGAAAUAUGUUGAAGAUGAGAGAAUAUUGAAUACAAUGUUACAAGAAUUGGCCUCAAGUGCAUUUAGAAGAUGUGCUGAAAAUCCUUUACCAUUGGAAAAUACAGUAAGUAAUCCAUAUUUGAAUUUGUUUUUAAGAAUUUGUCAACAUUAUUUACCAAUUCUAUAA